CUGUCAACAUUUCCAUUUAUAAAAAUUUAUUUUAGAACAUCAGAAGAUAUUGAGGAAUUACAGUGUGAAUAUGAGAGAUAUCGAAUCCUUAUUCUAAAUGAAUUUGAAAAAGUUCCGGAGCAUAUUUUCCUCCAAGAAAUCGCGCAAAAAGAAUUUUGGCCUGUGGAUCCCGUUUCUCAAUCUGUGCGGGUAGAAGCUGAAAAGAAGAAACAGUCAAGAGAAAAGAAAGCAGCUGUCGCUUUUGCUUAUGAAGACACACAAACUGUUGGAGGGAAGCCAGAAUCUGAUGAAUCUGAAGAUGACGAUGACGAAUUUAUUGAACCUGAAGAAUUCGAUUUAAAAUUUGAUGUUGAUGCGCUGGACCCAGAAAGAAUUCGAAGUCUAAAUAAGUUUGGUAUGAAAUAUGGUAUUGCUCUUGGUGCAUUUUCGAGGCUUUUAAAAAUGGAUCGCCGAGAACAGGAUGAAACGCAUCAACUGAAGGAAAUUGAGAAGGCCAAGCUCGCCCUCGCUGUCUGUAAUUCAAUAUUGAUUAUUAUCACAUUUUGA